AUGGGUUUAGAGUAUUGCAAUUACUGCCAGCAGUUCAAGGAUAAGAAUUGCCACGUCGGCUCCGAGCUUCAAGAAAGACACGGCAGCCCCUGGGCCAAACACCUGCUGCGCGCGAGAGCCGCCCCUGGGGCCAAGGGGCCCAGUGACCGCCUGAAACUCCUGGCCCAAGGACCGCGCCCCCGCCCCCGCAGCCCCUCCCGUGCGCUCGGGUCCAUCCCGUCACCGCCCAUUGGCCCUGGGUCCGCGCAGGGGCGCCGGCCUGGCGGCGGUUCCGAGUCGGGCGCGCGCCGGCAGGAUUCCCAUUGCCAACCGCGCAGCCAGACUAGGGGCUGCCCUCCGCUUUCUCGCCAUGGACGCGGACGACUCCCGGGCCACCAAGGGCUCCUUGCGGAAGUUCCUGGAGCACCUCUUCGGGGCCCGCAAGGCCAUCGGCGUGCUGACCAGCGGCGGGGAUGCUCAAGCAGAUGCGUGGAAAGGCCCGGAUGGCGGAUUUCCUCCCGUUUCGGGACCCCGCACUGCACAAGGAUGGAGCGGGGAUGGGCCCCCAGCCCACGGCCCCGGUGACCUU